UUCUCAGCUUCUUCCAUCUAACUCUCACAUGGCAGCUACUUCACUGGAGAUGGACAUUGGGAAGCGGGAGGACUGCACAGCAUGCGCGGUGAAGGAUACCACUGUGGAAUACAAGAGCAUGGACAUGGAGGAGGGACAAACACAAUGGAGGAAAGAGGACAAUUCAUCCAAGAGGGCAAAACCUACUAGCCGUUUGAGCUCAAAAGCAUGCGCCAUUGUCCUCACAACUGUUCCACUGUUCCUGAUUCUUCUCACCAUCGUGUCAUUGAAAUUUAGUCAACAGGACAGCAUGCUGAGGGAGCUGGAGAGCAAGACUGACCAGGUGGCCUCCUCUAUACACUCACUACCAGCAAAGCUGCAGCAAACAGCAACUCCGAGUCAAGAAAUAGAUAACGAGCUGCCAGAGGUGAAGAGUGCAGUGACAAACCUCGGGGCAUCGAUGACUAGACUGUCAACGGAAUUACAUGGUGCAGUUAGUCUGCAUGACCAGAGGCUGCAGGGACUUGAAGUGGCCGUGAAUAACAUGUCGUCCUCAUUAGACACGAUCCCCUCUCAGCUGCAACAAACAGUGACACAAGAGGGUGGCAGGAUGACUUCUCUGGAACAGUCUGUCACUGGACUCUCAACCUCUAUGAUCACAAUGUCUUCUGACCUACAAGAGUCAGUUGGUCAAAAUGACCAGAGGCUGCAAAGGCUUGAAACUGCAGUGAAUGGCAUCUCAACAUCUCUUGGCACAAUUCCUUCACAGCUACAACAAACAGUUAGUCUACAUGACCAGAGACUGCAGGGACUUGAAGUUGCUGUGAAUAACAUGUCAUCCUCACUAGACACGAUGCCCUCCAAGCUGCAACAAACAGUUACACAAGAGGGAGGCAGGAUGACCUCUCUAGAACAGUCCAUCACAAGACUCUCCACCUCUAUGAACAAGAAGUCUUCUGACCUCCAGGAAAAAGUUGGUCAAAAUGACCAGAGGCUGCAAAGUCUUGAGACUGCAGUGAAUGGCAUCUCUACAUCUCUUGGCACGAUUCCUUCACAGCUACAACAAACAGUUAGUCUACAUGACCAGAAGCUGCAUGGACUUGAAGUUGCCGUGAAUAACAUGUCGUCCUCACUAGACACAAUUCCUUACCAGCUGCAACAAACAGUGGCACAAGAGGGAGGCAGGAUGACUGCUCUGGAACAGUCCAUCACAAGACUCUCCACCUCUAUGAACGAGAAGUCUUCUGACCUCCAGGAGAAAGUUGGUCAAAAUGACCAGAGGCUGCAAAGGCUUGAAAUGGCAGUGAAUGGCAUUUCAACAUCUCUUGGCACAAUUCCUUCACAGCUACAACAAACAGUUGGUCAAAAUGGGCAGAAGCUGCAAAGGCUUGAAACUGCAGUGAAUGGCAUCUCCACAUCUGUUGGGUCAAAGCUACAACUAACAGAUCAAAAACUCAUGACAGCACUGGCUAACCUCACAGCUGAGAUCUUGAGCAUCAAGCAGCAAAAAGGUUCUCCCAAGUAUCGUUGCCAGAACAACUGGAUUGCCAAGGGGUCCAGUUGCUACCUCUUUUCUUCCAACAAGCUGGCCUGGCAUGCUGCUAGAGACUAUUGUAGGACACAAGGAGGCUUGCUCUUAGUCUUAAACAAUGCAGAGGAGUGGACAUUCAUUACCACAAACUCAGUACCUGUACAUUACUGGGUGGGCCUCACAGACGAGAUCAAUGAGGUGUGGCGAUGGGUGGACGGGACUCCGCUUGUGAUGGAUAAAAGCCAGUGGGAGCCUGGCCAGCCAGACAACUGGACACACCAUGGUCGAGGGGGAGGAGAGGACUGUGCAUCACUGGAGGAGUUAGCUAAGCUGAACGAUGGCCACUGCUCCGAACCACGCAAAUACAUCUGUGAGAAAGCAGCCACUGAAGACUGAGCAAUGGGCCUUUUUGUCAUGACAUCAUACCUUCGAUUCAAUGCAAUUGAAGCAAGUGGCAUCCGGUGACAAGGACACGUUACCGUUUAGUUUUCUGUCUGAAACUGGUAAUCACUUAUACAUGCUUCGAUUCAAAACAGAAUUUGUUUGACAUCAUAACGAGAAUUAAGUAGAAAGUAGGUGGAGCAGACGGUCUUGAUAUUUCAUCUUUGCUAAAUGUUCUGAUUUCUGGUAAGGAUAUAGACUGUCUUGUCUGUCUAAUUAAUGCAUCUCU